CUGCCGGCCCCUGGUGUGCAGGGGUUGAAAUGGAAACACUUCAGUCUGAGUUGAAGAACAGCUUGUUCCCCUGUGAUUCGUCAUGUCCUGAACCCAAUCCUGAGGAACUGAGCGCCUUUGCAGAUCUCUACGGUUCACUCAGAUUACUGCUGUCUUUUCAGAUGAGUGAUGCAAGACUUUGGUCUGCAGACUGCCAAGCUCAUAUUGAGGGAUUUUUUAAGACAUUCAGUUUGACCAAUGCAGGGAUAAAAAUCCACCUCAAAUUGAAAUUCAAUGAACGGACCUCACAACAAGAAUUUAGAGUUGGGAUCAAGAAGAAAAUUUCACUGGCAGACCAACUGUCACUGAUGUUGGAUUUAUCUCAUUACGCAGAGCCUCCAAGGGUUGUGAAGAGAGGAUCCUGGUGUCAGGGAGUACAUCCUGUCGUCGGAGUAAGGCUGCCACUCAGCAUCCCACCACAAGCCAUGAACCGAGGCUUGUUCGGAGAGCUUAGUGUCCAGAUGGUUACGCUCCUGAGCCCCUGUGUGCUGCAGUACCCCAACCUGCUUACAGAGCUGAGAGACAUACAAAUAUCCUUUUUUUUUAAAUUAAGUGUCCUUAACAUGGCAUGUUUCCACGUGUUGGUAUACAGCCCGAGUAAUAUCCCUCUGCCAGGACCAUCUGGUUUCUUCCAAACCAUUGCGGCUUCUCUGGACUGUCAGCAGCUGGGUGUCCACAAACUUUAUUGUUCCUCCGUCAAAGUCUUCCCUGCAGAUCUUGUGCAAAGCUCUGGCACUGUUUACAGAGUAGAGCAAGAAAAUAUGGAUGGUGCAGAGCAAGAAUCAAGUUAUCCACCAGUGCAGCAGCGUCUCCAACUCUUCCUUUUCUUACACCAUAGGGACCCCUUCAUCUCCCAGAUUAGUGAUUUAAUGGACACAGAGGUGUUGAUAGAGCACCACCUGGAGGAUAUUCUGAACAACAACAGGCAGGCAAUGACAACAGCCCUGCAGACUGAGCUUGGGAACACACUGAAACCCCAAAAUCAGAGAAAACAGAAGCAACAAGAGAAGCUGCUUUCAGCUGAGGUGAUUCUCACUUCCACCAUUAGUAUCGUGAGCUGCAGCAGUAACAUGGACUUCAGAAACACCUGCUUGAACCGCAUGAAGGUGCAUGACACUCAUGAAUUACUAGCCUCCCUCCGUGAAUCUCUGUUGAGAGCGACAUCAUGGAAAUUCGUUCCCUCGGGCAGGUGCUACAAUGCACAGAUAGAGGCACAUCUUGAGAGUAAUGAGCCGACCAGAACUGAAAUCUGAAGACGUCUGUGGGUUUCCUGAAAGCGUUUUGUUCUGGCUAUGGAGGCAUUUCAGAUAUGAAAACAUUUUUGUUAUUUAGACUGAUGUUUGUAUUGUAAAAACUGUAUAAUACAUGUUUAAAGACAGUGGUGAAGAAAUAAGUUAAUGUUACACCAUAUGUUAUUGUGAUUUAUCACUGUU